AUGGUUGCAGGCGAUGACUCCGGAAGCACUGGCAAAAGGCCAUCCGUGCUCUUGCAGAUGACGUCACCGCGGCACCAGGCUGCACCGGUACACGAGGAUUCCGAGGAGGAUGAUCAUAUCUCUGGUCCAGCCGGAGAAGCUCGAGAGGCUGGUCGAGCGACAGAAAGGUCCUGGAGCUGGCCGCUGAAGGAGCCCAUCGCGCGAUACUGGGCAUCGUAUCCUUACGCCAGCCUAGGGCACUUGUCUGACUCCAGCAUGCUGGUCCUGCCCGCCGUGGCCCUUAUAUCCGUUGUCUUCAGCUGCUCAGUCGUCGUGUGCUUCGUGGCAUCAUAUCGACCACGGCGAGGGAAGAGCUUGGACUCGCAGUUUGAACCGGCCUCGUUGGGGCUUCCUCCGGGCUAUGGCUGCAAGCCAUUCUGGCUAGGGACAUAA